AUGUCUUUGGAUGCUACCAAUCGUUUUGGUGAAUUUCAGAACAAGAUCCAACAGGAAAUUAUUCAAAAAUGGAAAACAUUUAAUAAACUGGUUAAACUUGAAGUAAUGAAACAGUUGCAAACUCAAGAAAAUCAAUUGGAUGAGAUGAUUCAAUCUAUUAAGGAUACCGGUAAUGAAGAAUUAGGGAACUUGUUUGAGAAGCUCACGACAGUGAAAAAUAACAUGCAAGAAGCAGGAAAAUUGCAAAAGUCUUCUCUAGCUGAUAUUAUCACCAUAUUGGAUAAAAUACAAAAGGAGGCACUUGAUUUUGAUAAGUUUAGAAAAGAUCAUACUGUAUUUGUAACUGAUUUGAACUCCCUAAACAUCAAAUUGCAAAAUACAAUUGAUAAAUUGAGGGAAUCUCAAGAUAAAAACCGUUCUAAAUUAAAAACUCCUGAGAAAUUGGAACAAUCUUCAGUUGUUUCCCAAAAUUCCAAGAUUAUGGAAUUGGAAAACGAAAAAUGUAUUUUCCAAUUGAAGAAUAGUAAUCAAGUUCUAGACAUAGAUAAACUAUUGAUUCCUACGAGCUUGGACGUAGUAUCCUCGAAAACUGCCAUGCAUAUUUCUGCUGAUGAUGGCCGGUUGGAACAAAAAGAGAAAACCUCAUUUUGUCAAACCACUUCGGGCAAAGAAGUUGAUGAUGUGUACUCAUUUGAUAAUAUAAUCGAUUUUCCUCCUUCUAAGAAAUACAAACGUGAAUAG